AUGCGUACAGGCAAGAUUGGCCUGCGUGCAUACCUCCACGCCAUCAACAAGGCGGACACCGAUCAAUGUCAGUGUGGCCAUGGACCACAGACAGUACGACACAUCCUGCUCGAAUGCCGGAACUGGGUGGAAGAACGACAUCGAAUGUGGGCAGGCAAGACUCCAUGCAUCGACAUCAAGCGCAUUCUCUGUAACCCGCCAAUGGCAGUACAAGCAGCCAAGAUGAUCUUGAGGACCGGACUGCUAGGACAAUUCCAGGCAGUACCAUCCACAGUGCUCAAAUACAUAUAG